AUGGGAAAGAUCACCUUCUUUGAGGACAAGAACUUCCAGGGUCACUCCUAUGAGUGCAGCUCUGAUUGUUCUGAUCUUCACUCCUUCUUCAGCCGCUGCAACUCCAUUCGUGUGGAAAAUGGAAAUUGGAUGCUCUAUGAACGUUCUAACUACAGCGGACACCAGUAUUUCCUCAGGAAGGGAGAAUAUCCUGACUUUCAGCAAUGGCUUGGUUUUAAUGACUCCAUCAGAUCCUGCCGAUUGAUCUCAUCUUACAAAGGAUCCCACAAGAUUCGACUUUAUGAAAGGGAAGACUUCCGUGGGGAAAUGCAGGAGCUGACUGAAGAUUGUACAACUCUCUUCGAGAAGUUCAACUUUCAUGAAGUCCACUCCUGUAAUAUCCUGGAAGGAUCAUGGAUCUUCUAUGAGCUGCCCAAAUUCAGAGGAAGGCAGUACUUUCUGAAAACAGGAGAGUACCGUAGAUUUACUGAAUGGGGAGCACUAAAUGGCAAAGUAGGGUCUCUGAGACGCAUCCUGGAUAAUUAUUGA